AUAGAUAUACAACACACUUAUUUCAUUUCUCAACUUGACUCCGGUGGGAGCAUAGCCAAUGUGCAGUACUGUACGUUAUCGCGCAAUCAGCUGAUAUAUUACAAGCGCCACGAAAAUAUUUUCGUUUCUCAUGCCGUUCAGUGUCAAAUAGAAUAAUCAACGACUGCAGCUCGUAUUUGGGCUUUAAAGUGUUUUUGGCAUCUUUAAUCUUCACCAGGACUCGAGCUUUGACUAUGGGUAAUGCAGGGAGUAGUCAACCAGGGACACACCAUCAUGGUAGUACUGUGUCAAGAGAAGGAAAUCGUCAUAGUAAGGAUCAUCCUCCAGCAUCUCCUGGAAAAGAGGGACAAGCAUUUGUCUUUGAUAAAAAGCCAAGCCAGAAACUGGUCUUCCAGUCCUCUCACGAAGAGGAAGAACCAUACUUCACAAAGACAGACCAUCAGUUUGGAGAAAAUUAUGGAGCACAGCGUCCUCGAUCCAAUACUGUUUCCGAAGGAACAAAAGUCUCAGAUAGCAAAGUACUGCCGACUGUUUUCAAAUGGGAAGGUGGUGGCAAGCAGGUUUAUAUAAGCGGAACAUUCACUGGAUGGAAAACAUUACCAAUGGUUAAGAGUCAUGGAGAUUUUGUGACUAUAAUUGAUCUUCCGGAAGGCGAACAUCAGUAUAAAUUCUAUGUGGACGGCGAGUGGAGGCACGAUCCUGGUUUAAAAAUAGUUGACAAUGGAAUGGGCUCAAAGAAUAAUCUGGUCUCUGUAAAGAAAUCAGAUUUUGAAGUCUUCCAAGCUCUUGCAAAGGAUAGUGAAGGAGUGAUCAGCAGUGCGCAAACAGAAUAUGGGCAAGAAAUUCCACCAAAUAAACCAUGGGAAAAAGUAGCUGGCCCACCAAUUUUGCCGCCACACUUGUUGCAAGUUAUUCUUAAUAAAGACACGCCGCUUUCUUGUGAACCGACGCUUCUUCCAGAGCCGAAUCACGUAAUGUUAAAUCACUUGUACGCUCUGAGCAUCAAAGACAGUGUUAUGGUGUUAUCAGCCACACAUCGUUAUCGCAAGAAAUACGUAACCACUUUACUCUACAAGCCAAUUUAAGCGUCCCUUCUUUCCUCUUCAUGAGAAUCUACCUCUUAGCUGGUGAGAAAGGAACUGUGGACAUGAUGCAUCAUUUUUUGAAAAGGUAAAGGUCCAAGUAAGAAGGUAAAGUUGGAAUUUAUUUGAAAUAUAAAACAUAUAUCGUAUCUUAAACAAUUGUAAAAUAAUGUAAUUACUAUUUAUUAAAUCAAAAACGUUGAAAA